CGUAGACUUGUGGUUUACUUGAAUUAUCUAUAAAUAACAACAGGCUUUCCAUUUUAUUUGUCAUUGAUCCUCUCCAUUACUCUACCUCUCCAUUUUGCCAAAGAGCUUAAAAUGCCAUCUGCAAGUUCUGAUCCAACUGAUGAAGAGAGGGAGCCAUUUGCUGAGGUUGAUCCAUCCGGGAGGUUCGGCCGAUACCCCGAGUUGCUAGGCCAUGGUGCAGUGAAGAAAGUAUACAGGGCAUUUGACCUAGAAGAAGGCAGAGAUGUGGCCUGGAAUCAGAUUAAGUUGAGCAAAUUCAGUGACACGCCUUAUAUCAUCGAUAAAAUCCAUUCGGAGAUUGCACUAUUGAAGAACUUGAAGAAUGAUAACAUAAUAGUACUAUAUCAUGUCUGGAAAGACAAUGAACAUAACAUCCUCAAUUUCAUUACUGAGGAAUGUGCCUCAGGUAAUUUGAGGGAUUAUAGGAAAAAGCAUCGUCACGUUUCGAUUAAGGCGUUGAAGAAGUGGUCUAGACAAAUACUACAGGGCUUGGAUUAUUUACACACUCAUGACCCUUGUGUUAUUCAUAGAGACCUCAAUUGCAGUAACAUCUUUAUCAAUGGGAAUGUUGGAAAGGUAAAGAUCGGUGAUCUUGGCUUGGCAACGAUUGUCGGGAAGAACCAUGCAGCACAUACGUUGCUCGGGACACCAGAAUAUAUGGCACCAGAACUAUAUGAAGAAAACUAUACAGAGUUGGUGGAUAUAUACUCAUUUGGAAUGUGUUUGCUAGAAAUGGCUACUAUGGAAAUACCAUAUAGUGAAUGUGACAGUAUAGCUAAGUUAUACAGGAAGGUUACAUCUGGAAUUAGGCCUCAAGCUUUUAACAAAUUGAGUGAUCCAGAAUUGAAGGCUUUCAUUGAAAGGUGCAUUGGGAAACCAAGAGCAAGACCAUCUGCUGCUGAGUUGCUCAAGGAUCCAUUCCUUUCUGAUGUUGUUAAAUAUGACAAUGAUCUCAAUUAAUAAUGCCCUUUGUUCAAACAUCUUUGUAUAACUCAAGAUUAUUCAGGAAAUCAUUUCUUAACUCGGUUAUCCAUUUUUUCAUAGAUAA